CAUCACAGGUCUUGACCACCAUGUUGCGAUGCUUCUUUAGGAUCACGUUGUUGUUGUCAGCGUAGAAGAGUACAGAGAUGGGACUGAGCUUGGUGGUUGUGCAGCACGCUUUGGGAACCUCAUCCGGCUUCAGAAGGUGAACCUGCCAUUGAAAACGGGUUGGGAGGAGGACAUGCUGCCUGAGGAGAGGGAGGUUCCUCUGGUAAACCUCUACCUAACCACCAAGAGAGUGGAGGACAUCGCCCUGAGGCUCGUCUCCCUGCGCCAGGCCAUCACUACCCUGCUUGGUUCCACCCUGAGCAGGAACCAUCUGUUUGUGGCGGGAAAGGUCCUCCUGGGCGCACUGGUUCAGGCCAACCACAUGGACGAGGCCAAGUUCUUCCAUACUUAUAACGACUUUGUGGACUACCUGAGUGACUCCUCAAAGCGGAAUGACAUUGAGAGGGAGCUGGCUGAGGCAAAGAUCCAUCAUGUGAGCAUGAUAGAUGUCCUCUUUGAGCUGGUGCUGUUUGGGAUGAUGACAGCUCAGAAGUCCCUGAUGGUGCACGACGGUGGGUUUGUGGAGCAUCUGUACGCUCUCCUGUACUCCUUCCUGCCCACUGCUGCCAACAUGGAGCCAGAGGCUGACAGAUACCUGCUGCUGCUCUAUGAUUCUUGUGACACUUUGCCACCCAAGAGGGAUCUAGACACCAAUGCACUACAUUACUUUGCACUGAAUUUGAAAUGUUUAAAUAGUCUGUCAUGGAAAGAGCAGGUGUCCUCAAUGUUUUGUAUUAUCAGUGUGUGUAGUAACCUGGUACAGUAUAAAGUUUACCACUAGAGGGGGUAAUUGCUUCAGUCUUGAAUGUUACUUCUCACUAUCCCUACUCUACAUUAACAGUCGGCAAUUGUAGACUCCGGUAACUUGGGUAUCUUAGUUUUUUAUAUUUGCCAUUAAUGUCUGAACCAUUUACCAUCUUUCCCACUGAAACCAGUAAUGUUAGCGUUCAUGUGAGAGAGGGUGUAGUAGUUCAUACUGACCACUAGUUGGAUCCACUAAUUGUGGACGACAUCCUUGUCUAUAGUCGAAGCAAAGAGGAGCACGACCGAAACCUCCGCGCGAUGCUGCAAAGGUCCCGCGAGAGAGGAGUCCGGCUCAACCCGAGAAGAGCACAGUCGGCGCUACAGAGGUCAGCUACUUCGGACAUCUUCUCACAGCGACUGGAAUCAAGCCAGAUCCACAGAAGAUCUCAACCAUAAAAGAAAUGGAGCCACCAAAGAACCGUGCAGAGCUGGAAACAGUGCUUGGCAUGGUCAACUACUUAGCCAAGUUCGCACCCAGCCUCUCCAAUGCUAAUGCACCCCUGCAUCAACUGCUAAAGCAGUCCAGUGAGUUUCUUUGGGACAAGCAACAUGACAUUGCUUUCUAGAAAUGUAAAAGACUUGAUCACGAGAGAACCAGGACCAAUCCUUGCCUACUACGACCCCGACAAAGAGCUCAGACUCCAAGAAGACGCGUCGAAGUAUGGACUAGGUGCAGUGCUACUGCAAGAUGGAAAGCCCAUCGGCUACGCUUCCAAAUCUCUCACAGACUGUGAAAUCAACUCUUCUGUUCGGAUGUAAACGUUUCCAUCAGUACGUAUAUGGACGACAAGUCAUUGUGGAAUCCGACCACAAGCCCCUUUUGUCAAUCAUGAGGAAACCCCUAACCGCAGCCCCGCCAAGGCUACAGAGAAUGAUUCUUCAACUACAAAAAUACGACUUCACAAUCACUCACCGUCCAGGCAAAGACAUCCCUGUCGCAGCCACACUCUCCAGGAAGUUUCUUACCUAUAAGGACAGCAAACUCAGUGAAGGCAUGGACAUGCAAGUGCACACUGUGUACAGCAACUUACCAGUUAGUGACACAAAACUGAAGGAGAUCCAAGCAGAAAAAGAAAAUGACUCACAACUCGCACAGCUGAGGAAACUCAUACAGGAUGGACGGCCUGAGGAGAGGAGAAAAUGCCCUCAGAGCGUCUCAGAAUUCUGGAACCAUCCUGAUGAACUAUCACAGAUCAACGGAAUAAUUUUCAAAGGAGAGAAAAUCAUCAUUCCUACCAGUCUCAGGAAGAGAUUUUGACAAAGAUCCAUGCUGGACACAUGGGCGUGGAAAAGUGCAAACAGAGAGCACGGGACAUUUUGUUUUGGCCCGGAAUGUGCAAACAAAUAGAGGACAUUGUUGGUAAAUGCGCCAUAUGUCUUGAACGACGCCCCUCAAACACCAAAGAGCGAAUGUUACCUCACUGUAUCCCAGACCGACCCUGGCAGGUCGUGGCAACCGAUCUGUUCACCUGGAACAACAAGAACUACAUCAUAACAGUUGACUACUACAGCAGAUACUUCAAACUCGACAAGCUUCACAGCACCACAUCUGCAGCUGUGAUACACAAGCUGAAAGCAGCCUUUGCCAGGCAUGGCAUUGUAGAGACUUUAAUAUCUGACAAUGGGCCCUGUUACAAAUCAAAAGAGUUUGAAUCCUUCACAAAAGCAUGGGAGUUUACACGUCACCACAAGCCCACAUUACCCUCAAAGUAAUGGCCUUGCUGAAAAAUCAGUGCAGAUUGCUAAAUCAAUCAUGGAUAAAGCAAAAGCAGACAAGAGAGACCCCUACCUCAGUCUCCUUGAAUGAAUACCGCAAUACUCCAGUUGACAACUUCAAAUCACCAGCCCAGCUGUUGAUGAGCCGCAGACUUCACUCAAUCCUUCCCAGCACCAACCAGCAGCUAUAACCUGAGGUCGCCAGCUACAAGGAAAUGCAUGAAAAACGUGCACAGAGACAACAACAACAAAAGCGAUACUAGACAGGUCAGCUAGACCACUGCCACCACUGAUCGACAGAGAGUCAGUUUGAAUCCAGGAGCAUGGCCUCUGGAAGCCAGCAGUCGUCAUCCAGCCAGCUGACACUGAACGUUCAUAUCACGUCCUCACCGCAGAAGGAGCGGUGUACCGCCGCAAUCGUCGUCACCUACUGAACACAAAAGAACAAUGGUCCUAUACUGCAUGUGUCACAAAGAGUUGGUUAAAGAACAUUCAGCACGGGACCAGGCUACCACCCCACCAACCCAAGCCGUGUCCCAUUUUGUAUUAUAUGUGCUGUAUCCAACUCUUCCACACAGAGAGGAGUUGGCUACAGCACAAAAAGGCUAAUCCUACCCCAACCCACCCGUUCUUAUGCAAUUCAAACAGCUAGGGUUCAGUGAUCAUAUUCAGUUGUUAUUGUGUCCAUUGGUAUAAUCACAGAGGCCUUUCCCAGCCCUGUUUGGCAGUAUGACAGUCAGUGCCUGUAGCCAUCUCUCUAUCAGUCUCCCUGAGAGGGUCCCUGCUACUGAUCCAAAGGGUUCAGUUGGAGAGACGUUCUAGAAUGCUUGAUUUGAUAUGAAGUUCGUCAUCUCAUCAGACAAGGCCUGUAUUCAUGAAAUAUCUCAAAAUAGGAGUUCUGAUCUAGGAUAAGUUUAGCCUUUUAGAUCAUUAUGCAUAAGAUUACA